AUGUCAACUAACGAGCACACGACCACCCUCCCCGCCGCACCGGCUUAUGACGACGUCGCAGUUGUCCCGACCGCGCCUGCUCAUGGUCUCGCUUCUGCAGCGGUCGCGCCGUCCGUCAAGGAUGAGCACCUACCGCUGAACCGCAAGGUUCACUGGUACAGGAGUACCAUCACCCAGAUUCUCGUCAUCGGAGGCGUCUUCUUCUGCGCACCAGGAAUGUACAAUGCGCUUUCGGGCCUCGGUGCAGGUGGGCUCGCAACCCCGUACUGGGCGAAUGCUACGGCCGCUGCGGGAUACGUCUUCAUGGCGUUCAUGUGCAUUAUCGGCGGUAUCAUCGUGUCCAAGCUCGGUGUCCGUUGGUCGCUUUUGAUUUCCACGACGGGUGACAUCAUUUACGCCGGUACGCUAUACGUGAACAGCAAGUACGGAACCAACUGGCCGCUCAUGUUGGGCAGUAUCCUUUCGGGAUGCACCGACGGCCUGAUGUACUCUAUCGAGGGCCCUAUCAUCACAGCCUACCCUGAGCCCGCUCUCCGCGGACGCAUGCUUGGUCUCUGGGUCACAUUGCGCAACCUCGCGCCAAUCAUCGGCGGUGCCAUUAUCUUCGGCCUCAACCACUCCGUCUCUUCCACCGGUGCUGUCUCGCUCGAGACAUACCUUGUGCUCAUCGGUAUCAUGUGUGCCGGCCCCUUCAUUUCCCAGCUCAUCUCCCCGCCGGAGAAGGUGCAGCGCAAGGAUGGCGUCAAGAUUGAGCUUCGCAAGACGACCUUGACGGAGACGCUCGCAGAGUUCUGGAAGGUCAUCUCCAACAAGAACAUGCUGCUCCUUGCUCCUCUCAUGUUCACCUCCUGGUUCUACGGGUCGUACAUCGGAACGCUUGAGACGAUUUACUACACCGUCCGCACACGCUCCUUGAGCGCGUUCCUGAUCCCCUGUGGCGAUGUUGCCGGCGGCUUCCUCGUUGGCGCGUUUCUCGACAACAAGAAGAUCUCGGUGGCGAAGCGCGCGCGCUGGAGCUUCGGCGUCCUCAUGAUCUGCAACCUUGCAUGCUGGAUCUGGGCCGCGGUGAUCACGAAGCAACUUGAGGACGGAAACCCGAUGAUCGACUGGACAUCCGGCUCCUGGUUCGGCCGCACUUUCCCGCUAUUCGUGCUUUUCGAUCUUGUCACGAUGGCUACCCAGACGAUGCUGUACUGGCUCAUUGGCCACUUGUCGUCCGACUUCAUGACCCUCUCGUUCAUGACGGGCUUCUUGCGGGGCGUCGAGUGUAUCGGCCAGGCUGUAGCUUAUGGUAUCAAGUCGUCGGCCUCCUCGGAUUGGAUCAGUAUCGGCUUCAACAUCGGCUUCUUCGUGAUCUCCAUCCCUUGGGCAUACCUCGUUGUUCGCAAGAUCGGCGUUGAGUUCAACACUGACGACAUUUCCAAGCUGCCUCACGUUGACACCAUGUCACAAAGCGAUGUGGAGACUGGUUCAAUUGACGAGAAGGAGAAGGCAUAG